AUGAAAUUCGAGGAAAUCAUUAGAAAAUAUGUGAGUCCAAUUAAGAGAUUUGAUCAUGUUCUCCCAAAUAAUUACACAGCCUAAGAUAUCUACCAUUAUUAUGAAGAUUUGGCUAAAUUUAAUGAAAUUGAAUCAUUCACUAAAAUCAGAUUUUCAAGAAAGUUUGCAGAAGUAGCAUAAACUUAAGAUUAAAUGGAUUGGUUGAAUGACAGAGCCAAAGAGAUUUCUAAUGUUGCCAUGAGUCUAUUCAAACUAAGAUUUCCAUAAUUGUGAAAAAUAGAAGAUAUUAAAAUAAAAUCAAUAAUUGUCAUUA